AGUGGGAAAAGGAAGGUUCAUUUCUGAGUUAGCAACAAGUAAAUACAGCACUAGUGGGUGGGAUUGAGGUGUGCCCUGGUGCAUAAAUAGAGGCUCAGCUGUGCUGGCACACUCAGAAGCUUGGACUGAAUCCUAGCCGCCGGCUCACACAAGGCAGGUGGGUGAGGAAAUCCAGAAUUGCCAUGGAGAAAAUUUCAGUGUCAGCAUUCUUGCUCCUUGUGGCCCUCUCCUACACUCUGGCCAAAGAUACCACGGUCAAACCUGGAGCUAAAAAGGACACGAAGGACUCUCGACCCAAACUGCCCCAGACCCUCUCCAGAGGUUGGGGUGAUCAACUCAUCUGGACUCAGACAUAUGAAGAAGCUUUAUACAAAUCCAAGACAAGCAACAAACCCUUGAUGAUUAUUCAUCAUUUGGAUGAAUGCCCACACAGUCAAGCUUUAAAGAAAGCGUUUGCUGAGAACAAAGAAAUCCAGAAGCUCGCAGAGCAGUUUGUCCUCCUCAAUCUGGUUUAUGAAACAACUGACAAACACCUUUCUCCUGAUGGCCAGUAUGUCCCCAGGAUUAUGUUUGUUGACCCGUCUCUGACAGUUAGAGCUGAUAUCACCGGAAGAUACUCAAAUCGUCUCUAUGCAUACGAACCUUCAGAUACAGCUCUGUUGCUUGACAACAUGAAGAAAGCUCUCAAGUUGCUGAAGACUGAACUGUAAAGAAAGAGAAUCUGCAAGCCCUUCUGUCUAUGUCAGGCCUUGAGACUUGAAACCAGAAGAGGUGUGAGAAGACUGGCGAGCACAGAAGCACAAGUGAACACACUGAUUUGGUGACAGUUUAAUGUUACCACAGCUAUUUUUUUAAAAAACAAAUUUUAAAAAUUUGGUUUCAAGUGUACAUGUAUGAAAACAAUAUUGUGUUCUACCAUAGUAAGCCAUGAUUUUCUAAAAAAAUAAAUCCUUUUGGGGGUGUUCUGUUUUUUCCAA